UCUACACCCGUAUUUAUCGAUUCGUAUCCGUUUUAUAUCCGUAUCCGCGGGUCAUGGAUUUUUUGAGUCUCUAUAUUAUUAGAAUUGGGUAGUUGUACAGUGUGUUGAAAGAAAACAAAAUGAGCAGGAGGAAGAUGAAUGAUGAAGUUGAACAACUUCUUCAAUCUGCUCAAGAUGAAGUGCUCUUAAAACUCUCUGUUAAUUCUCAUAUUGCCCAUAUAUCUUCCAAUUACCUCGACUCUGAUCUCGACCGUCGCUUCCAAGCCCUCAAAUCCCGACCCUCCCUUCCUCAAUCAUCUGCCUCUUCACAAUCCAAUCGCCGUGUUGAUAAUGUUACUGUCAACGUUGACGACGAAUUAAAGAAUGUUCUGGGAGAUGAUCUAUCUUCGAGAUUCGCCGCCCUUAAAGCCUCCUCCUCCUCCUCUAAUAACGAUGAUAAGAAAGUUAAUGGACUCCCUGUUGGUCCUGACAUAUCGUUUGGCGAUGAUAACGAUGAAGAGGAUGAGGUUGAGAAAUUGAUUCGGUGGGCUAAGGAUGCGGCUCGUCUCGAUCCGUCUCCUCCGUCUGACGAUGAAAAGGAUUCCGAUUGUGAUGAUUCUGAUGAUGACUAUAAAGAUUCUGAUGAUGACGACGACCCUCGCCGGAAAAAAGGACACACCUAAAUGGAUUGAUGCUUAAUAGACUAUAUCGUUGAUGCAAUUAGAGUAGUGGUGAUGAAAUGCCCUAUAUAUAAAAGAGGAAUGAGGAAGACCGCUGUACUUAUGCCAUGACAAAAUAAGCUCUGUUAUGUGGUGCCAUCAAUGUGCUUCAAAGUCCCUUGUUGUAGAUGAAUGCUUAGGAAAUAAAAAUGUAUUUCUGAUACAUGAACAGCCAAUGAGCAAAUGUGAAUGUAACAUAGGCUCAAUUGUAACCUCAGGAGAAGUCCUAUGACACGAUUUGUUUUCUUCUGUUUUUUUGGCCUUUAGUCAAUUAUUUGUAUAGAGUUUUGUUAUCAUUGCCACUUGAGUAACGAUGACAAUAAGUUGUUUCUUGGAGUCA